AUGACAUGGAGUCCACCGGGUCAGGGUAAUCUCAAGAUCAACUGUGAUGGUGAUGGCACCUUCAACACCGGAGGACAGAAAGCUUCAAUGGGCAAUAUCAUCAGGAACCAUCUGGGGAAAGUGGUGGAUGGGAGAGCAAAAAGUAUCCCUGGAAUUUCAAGUCUAUAUUCUGAGGCAGCGGCAGUGAGCGAAGCAUGCAUCAUGGCAGUUACUCUGCAAUUCAAAAAUGCCAUAAUAGAGAACGACAAUGCAUUUAUCAUCACAUAUGGAGCUAUUGAGGAAGCCCCCCCUUGGGAAGUUUAUGUGUUCGUUAACUCUCACUCACACCCCUAG